UCUCACUGCAACUAACAUCGAGCUCGCCUCGCCUCGCCACCCUCGGGCCGGGCCACCAUUACUCCCACUCCACCUUCCCCGUUUCAAUUCACUCCAGUCCAGUCCCCACGCUCCCCCCAACUAAAAGCUCUCUCUUUCCCUCUCUCUCUCUCCUCUCCGCCAUGGCCGCCUACUCUUCCUCCUCCUAGCGCGCGCCCCACCGCCACCCCCACCACCGCGAUCCAGAUCCCACCCGCCGCCCGCCCCCGCCACAUGGGGGGCUGCCACGCCAAGCCGCGCACCCGCGACGCCGACGGCGCCUCCCCGCCGCCGCCCGCGCCGGCCACGCCGCCACCGGCCUCCUCCACGGCGCCCGCCACGCCGGCCUCCAAGAAGCACUGGACGUCCUCCCCCUUCUUCCCCUUCUCCACGCCGAGCCCCAGCCCGGCGCACCACCUCUUCUCCUCCUCCUCCGCGGCCUCCCCGCGGGCCUCCUCCAAGUCCCCCGCCCCGGCGGGCGCCAAGUCCCCGGCGCCCGCCACCCCGGCCAGGCGCCUCCUGCGCCUGCCCUUCCCGCCGCCCUCGCCCGCCAAGCACAUCCGCCAGGCGCUCGCGCGGCGGCACGGCCCGCCGCGCCCGGCGAUCCCCGAGGAGGACGGCGGCGACGGCGACGGCGGGAGGGGCCUCGACAAGGGCUUCGGCUUCAACAAGGGCUUCGCCGCCAAGUACGACCUCGGGGACGAGGUCGGGCGGGGCCACUUCGGAUACACCUGCGCCGCCAGGAUCAGGAAGGGGGCGCGCAAGGGGGACGCCGUCGCCGUCAAGGUCAUUCCCAAGGCCAAGAUGACAACAUCCAUUGCUAUAGAGGAUGUCCGGAGGGAGGUGAAAAUUUUGAAGGCUUUAGCGGGGCACAAGAACCUGGUUCAGUUUUAUGAUGCAUAUGAGGACAACGAAAAUGUCUACAUAGUCAUGGAGUUGUGUGAGGGCGGGGAGCUUCUGGAUAGAAUACUUUCCAGAGGUGGAAAGUACUCCGAGGAUGAUGCAAAGUCUGUCCUGGUGCAAAUAUUGAAUGUUGUCGCUUUUUGCCACAUUCAAGGAGUGGUUCAUAGGGAUCUCAAACCAGAGAAUUUUCUUUUUACUUCGAAAGAUGAGAACUCUCAACUUAAGACAAUUGACUUUGGAUUAUCAGAUUUUGUAAAACCAGAUGAGAGACUAAAUGAUAUCGUUGGAAGUGCUUAUUAUGUUGCUCCAGAAGUUCUGCAUAGAUGCUAUAGCACAGAAGCGGAUGUCUGGAGUAUAGGUGUCAUUGCAUAUAUCCUCCUUUGUGGCAGCCGCCCUUUUUGGGCACGCACUGAAUCUGGCAUAUUCCGUUCUGUUCUCAAAGCUGACCCCAGUUAUAACGAGGCACCUUGGCCUUCUCUGACUCCAGAAGCAAUGGACUUCGUUAAGCGCUUGCUGUCCAAGGAUCCACGUAGAAGGAUGACUGCAGCACAAGCUUUAGGUCAUCCAUGGAUUAGAAAUUACAAUGACAUUAAGAUGCCAUUGGACGUCCUUAUAUUCCGUCUUAUCAAAGCUUAUAUUCGUUCUUCAUCAUUACGUAAAGCCGCUCUGAAGGCUUUAUCGAAGACUUUGACUGUUGAUGAGCUUUUUUAUCUCAAAGGGCAGUUUUCCUUAUUGGAACCUGAUAGAAAUGGAUGCAUCACCCUAGAUAAUAUCAGAAUGGCCUUAACAAGAGAAGCCACAGAUGCGAUGAAAGAAACACGAGUUCAGGAGAUUCUUGUCUCGUUGAGCGCUCUUCAGUACAGAAGAAUGGACUUCCACGAGUUCUGUGCAGCUGCAGUAAGUGUUCACCAGCUCGAAGCAUUAGACAGAUGGGAGCAACAUGCGAGAUCCGCUUAUGAAAUUUUCGAGAAGGAUGGCAAUCGAGCUAUUGUAAUUGACGAACUAGCUUCAGAACUGGGUCUCAGCCCCUCCGUGCCGCUGCACGUCGUCCUGCAGGACUGGAUCCGGCACACCGAUGGGAAGCUCAGCUUCCUUGGGUUUGUCAAGUUGUUGCAUGGCAUGUCCAGCAGGUCCCUGUCAAAGAUGAGAUAGCUGUUGAUAAUCUCUAACGACAGUACAAAUUUAUGCUGCCCCAGCCCCAGCCCAACUUAGCAAGCAAGGCCAAGACUGCACACCGAGGUCGACACGACACGACGCUGCCCGCGCUAGUACCUCCCUGCCUGGUUUUGUCACUAAUCUGAAUAUAGAGUUCUGUUUGCGGUCGCCCGUGUACUGAUUGAUCAUCGCCGUCUUCUUCAAAGUUCAUCAGCAUCAUCUUUUAGUAGGUUAGGAAAAGGAAAUUUCACCCGUGUCUCGGCAACAUGUGAUGCCUCUAACAGUCUCUUAGAAUAGCCCGCCCAGCCAUGUCCUGUCGCUGUGGGCAGCGUUGUAAAAUGCCCCCGUUCAUGUAACUGGAGCAGAGUCGCCCUUUUGUCGUCAGUGUGCCGUUAUAUUGAUUGAGUUGAAGAUGCUUGAA